ACGUUGAUAACAUUGUUUUUACGACGAGGUAUAAUUCCAUGCUAGCGCACUUACGUGACGAUCGGAGUCGAAUAACGCGGAGUGUGUUUUCGGUACUCUUUUUUUCCUUCUAGCAGCGGAAACACGAGCGACGGCACGUUCGUUUUAUCGCUUUUAUUAUGCAACUCGGUGUUACUUCUAAAUGAAACUUUUCUUUACGUUAUUUUUAUAUUACAGUGCGCACGACGUUACGUGCACGUAGUUAGCCUAAUUCAGUUGCAGAAAUAAUAACAAAGCUCUUUUCGAGGAAUCUUUGCAGUUUUUACUUCUGUUUUUUUCAUGUUUAUUUCAAUUGCGAUGUAUUUUUUAAUUUUUUUACAUAAUUUCUCAAUAGCACAUUUUUCUUAUUAGGGAACAAUAUGCUCAAGUCGCUACAUUUCGUCGGAUUGACAGGUAUCCUAACCUAUAUAAUCGCCAACUUUAAUGCUUGAUAUCUCGGUUUGCGGGGCAGAGCGACACUUUUUUCCGCCAGAUUCGUUAGUUUCAUGUGAAAACGCGUCGAAUGAGCCUAAUUUCAUCAAAAUCGUAGCUAUGUCCAAUGAGGAACGCUUGAAGAAACUUCUAUCAGAUUUGGGAAAGGCCACCCUUCGUGGAGUUCGGAAGUGUCCAAAAUGUGGGACUUACAAUGGCUCGCGUGGACUUUGCUGCAAGAACAAAUAUUGCGACGCUGUGUUCAAGGAACCUGGAGAAAAGCGAAAGCUAUCCACAGAGGCAUGCAAGCUCAUCACAGGCUCAACAGUACAAGUAUAUUCUGUACGAGUCAAGGACAAGGGACCUGAUUACCGUGGCUUUGUACAGUUACCGUUGAUAAAUACCACCAUUUCAAAUGACAUUACGAUGCUUAUUUCACAAACUGCAUUAUGUUUUGUCGAUAGCUGUGAGAGAAGUUUUCACACUAGCGUCCUCAAAUGUCAUGAGAAGGGUUAUUCAAAUACUGUGUUCACAUGCCAGCAUAUACAAACGGCAUUAAAAUGUUAUGCGCAAGCACAACCAUUGACUUUGAAAAAUUCUAUUUUGUCGUCGCUGAAUGUAAAUAAUGAAAUGAAACAAGAGAUAUGGUUGUUAGCGACGGAAACCUCUGGUCCUUUGGUACAAAGAGUCUCAAAGAAUAUCAUGGCGGUCAAAUGUAAAGCUUCUCCAAAACAUCCUCUAGGCUAUCUUCAUUUUUCUUUCUUCGUUAGCAAAUUAAAGGACAAAAUAGAACAUCGUUAUUUCUGUAGUUGUACUACAUUUAAGGGCACAACGAAGAGCGGAGAUAAAGCUGACGGCACUUCGUCGUCACAGUCAAAGCGAUGUGUGCAUUUUUACGCAUGCAUUUGUGCUUUUGCUAGCGACCCAAAGCUAUCCGAAGAAUUUAGUUAUUACAUAAAUCUAGAUCAAACACAGUCUAGUAUAGAAAAGCCUCUAGCAACUGUACCGCAAAAUGAAGAAGAUAAAAUUGUUGGAAUUGAUCUUGAUAGUUUAACUACUGACGAAACAGAUACGCAUCUAUUAAUUUUUCGUGACGAUACUUUAACUGUACAAAGUCUUGAUGGAAAUAGAUUAGACUUAGAUUCUAUAAAUUUAGAUUCCACAAUUUUACCACAUGGCAUUGUUGAAAAUAUAGAAGUAGAAUGCGAUCGCAGUUUAUUAGAUGAUAAUAGUAUAAUAUCACAAGUUCACAAUUUAGAAGUAAUUGAUCAAAAUGGUGUUCAAUUAGGAGGAGGAAAUACCAUAAAAAUAUUGGAUGAUCAAGGGACAAUUGAUACAAAAUACAAUGUUCUCAAUAACAGUCAGUACAUAUUAAAUGAUAAUAACAUAAAAAUAUUGGAUUCGAGCACAUUGAAGGUUCUAGAUGCCAGUACUACAAUCUUGGAUGUGACUAAUGCAAAGCUUGUUGAUAAUAAUAUUACCUUGAAUAAUGGUGGUGUCAAAAUUGUUGACAGAAACACAGUGGUACAGUACAAUAACAAAAGUACAUCAAAUUCCGAAGGUAACACAACGCAACCGACAAUUUCGACGAAACGGAAAAGGGACGAGAAGCACAUGAAUAACAGUAAUUCAAAUCUAAAUUCGAGCGAAUUAAGAAAGACGAAAGCAAAGUCACAAAUUGUUAAAAAAUAUCAAAAUACAUGCGACGACCUAGAUGAAGCCAGCACGAAUUUGCCGUUUAUCAAGUGGCUCGCUUCGAUAACCGAGCGAAUAAAUCAGACAAUGCAUUUCCAGUUCGACGGUAAACCCGAUCCCCUGGUAUUCCACGUACCACAGAUAUUCUUUGACUGUCUACGCGAACGCAUAUCGUGCGGCGGCAAAAAGAAACGUUUGCCAAAUUCAACGACGGCAUUCGUUAGGAAAGAUGGAGUACCACUAGGAACAUUCACUAAAUACACAUGGCAGAUUACAAAUAUCUUGCAUGUAAAGAGUAUUUUCGAGACACCAUAUAUACCUUUAGAAAUCACGAGAAGUUUCGUGCAAAACGCAGAUGGAACGUAUGAAUUGUAUAAGCGAGAGGAAACAGAAAUAGAUCGUUUUAAAAAGACGAAUAAUAAUGCGUUAAUUAAACCGUUAGAGUUAAAGACAUAUUUAAAAGUGGGAAAUACCUCUCCGAAUCAAGUCGAACCUACACCAUUCUUGAUAGAAUGGAUACCGGAUAUUUUGCCAAUUUCGAAGAUUGGUGAGCUUAGAAUUAGGUUUGAAUUUGGACAUGUAAAAAACGAAACAAGCCAUAAAUGGAGGAAAGUUGCACUUUCUAAAAAUGAUUAAAAACAUCAAGUUUUUCUUUGUUGUCAUAAACAUUUAAAUGAUAUUUGAGGAUUUACAAGAUGAGACAAAUAUUACUAAUGUAUUAUUAAUAUUAGUAUUUGAUUAUACAGGGUGUUUGAUAAUUAAUUAUUAAACUCUCACAUGGAAGUGAAACGAAUUAAAUUUAAAAAAAUUCUGUAUUAUUUUGUGAUUUUUGCAAUAGUUAUCAAGUUAUUAAUUUAUAAGAAUAGUUGAAUUCGCCCGGCUUACUACCAAACGUCUACGCAUAGAGAGAUACGACCGCAUAACUGUCAUCGUUGCUAAGUGCACGACAAAAAUUUGAAGGUGUGCAUCACUCCAAUGCCACUUACCACAAACAAUAACUUUUGCGUUCCUAGCAGAACAUCGAUCGCUGGCGGCCGCAUUUCGCCGCGUGCAUAGGUUUGGCAAUGGGCCGAGCAAGUUCGACUAUUUUUAUAAAUUAAUAACUCGUUAAUUAUUGCGAAAAUCGCAAAAUGGACAAGAUUUUUCAACUCAGUUUAGCCCAUUCUACCUGUACCGUGAGUUUAUCAUUAAUUAUCAAACACCCUAUGUGUAAUUUAAAUGAUCAUUGACCAGUAUUUAUAGUCAUAUUCCCAAUGAGAAACGAUAAUGGAAUUGAUGUCGAUUCAACAUUAAUUCAAUGUUAAAAUCAUAAAAAUGAUAUCGUUUUGACAUCGAUCCGAUAAGUCAUUUCUUACUGGGUUAUUUCAAGACAAUCUUAAAUAAUAUCUUAAGAUGCUAAUAUGGUUCUCUGAUUAGUUGAUAAUAUUUUAAGAUAAUACUUGAAAUGGUCUCAAAUAUAAAUAUCGACUAUAAAUAGCGGUCAUUGUUUCAUAUUAAGAGUUAUGAAUAACUACAUAAAAUUUUAUUAAUGAAGUUUUAAGUGAUAAAUGAAAUUACUGAUUAGAUGACAAGUAGAACAAUAAAUAAUUGUAUCUUUUUAGUAUAAAGAUUAAUUAGUACAUUUUUAUAUAUCACGAAUUCAAAGACUGAUGUAAUUUUUACAAUUAAAUUAUAUUAAAUUGUUAUUUAAUUUGACAAAACAUUACUUUUGGUUUAUAAAAUUAGAAAGUGUGUUCCUUAACGAUAAAAAUUAAAUUUAAUUUAUAUACGAGGUAAGGCAUUUAACUUGAGACAUUCAAAUUUGGAUAUCUGGACAUUUGGAUGCUUAAAUUAAAUGCCUCACUCUGUAUAUAUAUGAGAAUUGGUAAUUAUAUCCUUUACGCAUUGUAUUUAUACAGAGAUCUACAGUUGCUGGAAUACAAUUUCGUUUUCUUUAUAUUAUAUCUUGUGGUCUUAUAUAAUUUAAUGAGAA